AUGCAAAAUGAUGAACAACAAAGAGAAGAAGAAGGAGAUUAUAUCAACAAGAUACCAACUAUACUACUUUUAAAUAUUAUUGAUCAUGUGACUGAUAAUGUAGAUUUAGUUUGUCUAUUGUUAAGUUGUAAAAGAUUAUUCAACUUUACUUCUUCUGCUGCUGUCAACAACAAUUUAUCAUUUAAACAUCUUAAAUAUAUGAAAAUAGAAGAAUCAUCAUCAUCAUCACAUUCAUCAACAGACAACGACAAUAACAUCGAUGCCUAUUACGCUCAGAAAUGUUAUCAUCUAAACUCAUUCAAGAGAAUGUUUAACAACACAUUUUCAGAUACAAUGAUCAUCAAAGAAGAAGAAGAAGAAGAAAACAACAAGAAUAAUAAUAUAGUAAACAACAACAACAAAAACAACAACAUAACAAAAGUAAUAGUAUCAGAGAAAUUGUCAUUAGACAAACUAUCUGCGCUAUCAUUACCACAAUCGACCGUUUCAUUGGAUAUUUAUCGACGAAUCGAUAAACUAUUACCAUCCACCUUCCCACGCCAACUCAACGACUUGACCUUACACUAUGGAACCAAAGAGACGACUAAAAAGGUUGUAUUACAUGAACAAAGAGUCUUUCCAGAUUCAUUAAAGUCGUUAACGUUAAAUACCUCCAAUAUUGGUAUCGAGUUUAGUGACAAGGCACUACCAACAGGUCUUGAAAAGCUUGAAUUGAAAUCUGGCUCUAAAUUUGAUCCACGUCGUCUUGGAUUGGAUAGUCUCACCUCUCUUACUUGUCUAAAGACAGGUGUGGUUGAUGAUGACAAGGGUGCCACCUACUGUGCACUUCCGAAUAGUUUGGAACAACUCGAAAUACGUAUCCCAAAAAUACCAUCACCUACCUACUUUAAUCAACUCGUCCAAUUGGUACAUCUCAACUUGUCGCUGAUCAUUGUAUCCGAGUCUGAUGUACUGUAUCUCGACAGUCUCGUCUCACUAGAGAAAUUGGAACUCAUGGUUAUUCAUGCUGUCGAUGCGCCACAUAUCCGUCUUGCCCCAAAUCUUACGGCAUUGAACCUCGUUUGUAGUAAACCAGCCACCAAUCUGACAACGGAAUUCUUUCCUCCAACUCUGACAUCAUUGGAAAUGGCUUUUAGUGAAAUCGAUUUUCGAAAUGUUUCAUUACCACAAUUGACAUUCUUACUAAUAGAAACCUAUUCAGAUAUUCCACAUGCAUCAUUUAUACCACCAACUGUAAAGACACUUAAAAUCAGAGUCUUUACUUCAGAAACAAUAGCCAAAGGAUUGAAAAUCGAUGGUUCAUUUCCAAACAGUAUAGAGACGUUGGAGUUGUCAAGCUAUCAUGUGACAGGAAUCAACAAACUACCAAACUCUGUUAAAAAACUGGUAUUUUACGAUUUGGUUGUAUCAAAAGACUUGAAAGACACUACUCCUCCUAUUAAUCUUCCAAACAAUUUAGAAGAGUUUACAUGGAGUCAUAAAUAUGGUAGUGAACUACCUCCACUUCUUCAUUUUAUCUAUCCUCCCAAUAUAAAAUAUAUUGAUUAUAGUCAACUCCAACAACAACACACCUCCCAACAAACCAUUCCACCAACAGUCAAUGAAUUCAAAUAUUUAGUUUCUAAAACAAACUGGAUUGACGAGACAACACAAGUUCAUUCAAUAGGUGAUGAACCUGGUUUAAUAAUACCAUCAACUCUUCAAAAACUAUCAAUCACCAUAAAUGAUCAUGAAGAUGAAAAUGAUUAUUGGAUAUUUCAAUUAAAUCAUCUAAUCAAUCAUUCAAAUGUACAACAACUAAAUAUUAAACAAUUUAAUUUUCAAGUUGAUAUUCGUAGAUUAGAUGCAGAAAAUAGAAAUAAAUAG